GUCAGCGUCGCGUCGUUCCUGUCGUGUCUUGCGUUGUCGUUUGUCGCGUCCCGUCCGCGAGCACGUCAACAACACGUCGCGGACAACGCUUUCCUCCGCCGAGAUACAGCUACGAUUUCCGGGACCACGUUUCGAUUCUUCGAUGAUAAGAUAACGAAUUCGGACGGGAUUACAAAUAGAAGGGACAGGCAUGCUCGAUGAAUGUCAAGAUCACCGGCGUUAUAUAUAGGUUAUGUGCCGAUAUACAUAUGUUGUCAGUACUAAAAUCUAUAGUUAACGUUACGUAGAUUAUGGAUUUUAGGUGCUAUAUAUAUUGGACACAUAGCUAUAGUAAAAUAACAAUUGGACAGAUGCACCGAUGCAGCCUAAUGCAGCCGAAAACAGGAGAAAAGUUAACGAACGAGCUUAACUGUCAAGUCCACAAGGCCUUCGCACAAUUGAAACAAUGGCAAAACGACGAGCACAGCUGAUAGGAACACACACACCAAAAUCUUGUCCUUCAAAAAAGUUGCAUGGUGAUCAUUUGAUCAAAACACAAUCCAAGGUGACGAUGCAUAAAGUAACGUCGGAGAUAUACGCGGAAAACGAUUGUAUCUCCGAAAAGCUCGACAGCGGCAAUACGGUAACUAAAUUCACCUUUAAAUGUCCCUCAUACAUGAUAGACUCGGAAUUGACGGAAGAAACAUUAAAUUAUGAUAGCGACGACGAUCUGGAUGUGGAAAGAGAUAGAGAAGGAACGAUUCAGAUAGAACAUAGCGUAUCCACGGAGCUCAAUUUGGUCGGUUUGCAAGUGUGGAGAGGCGCUUUCCUGUUAGCCGACUAUAUCCUAUCGCAUCCGGACUUGUUUAAAGAUCAAACGAUUUUGGAAUUAGGAUGCGGAGUUGGCCUGACCAGUAUUGUAGCGAGUUAUUUUGCAAAGGAAGUUAUUUGCACGGAUAUCAACGCGGGUGAUAUUUUGAAUCUGAUCGAACGAAAUUUUUUGAGAAAUUUCCCAUACGUCAGAUCCGGUUAUCACAUCGAGGAAGUGAAUUUCUUAAAUUUGGGAUGGUCGAAGAAAUUGGAAGAAAAAUUACAGAGCGCAAAUAUCGUAUUGGCUGCGGAUGUAAUCUACGAUGACAAGAUCACGGAUGGAUUCGUCCGCACAUUGUCAAAACUUUUACACACGAAGAAGAAAAAAACCAUUUACGUUGCAUUGGAGAAGCGAUACGUCUUUACUAUCGCCGAUUUGGAUACUACCGCUCCGAUGUACGAGGAAUUUUUACGUUGCAUCGAAAAGUACAAAACGAAUUGGUCUGUAGAUUAUAUUAAUAUAGAUUUCCCACGCUACUUCAAAUAUGAUAGAGUCAAACAUUUGGUUUUAAUAAAGAUACAAAACAAUAUAAGAUCUAUUGCAUAUGUAUAGCGAACAGCUUAUGUUCUUAAUAAGGUACGCGAGUAACACAGUAUAUAUAACGCGCGCGAUAUAACAUAUAUAUUACAUAAAAUAUUCACGUCAGAAUUACAAGUAGAAAGACAGAGCUCAAAGUUGCCAGAUUAAGAAAUUAAAAUCUUUUUUAUAGAUGCAUACUUAUAUCUAGUGAAAUAUAUAGCAUCACAAUUAAGUUGUGUAAAAAAUAAUUGUCUACUUAAAACAAGUUCUCGCGUUGACAUUGUUUUUGCCAACAUAUGCACGAAAUGAUUAAACGACAAAAAUUUUGCGCGAUUUCUAAAAACAAGUUUUAACUUAGGAUGUCAUCUAGAAAUUUCGCUUCCCUUUAAUCCUUCGAUUAAAAACUGUAAUUUAAGGAUUAAUAAGAAGACAAUAAGACAUCAGAUUGUUCAUGAAAAUGACAGCUAUGUGAUAUAGAUUUCUCACGUCCACAAUUUUAUUUCAUCGUUUACUUUCCUAUUUACACAACCUAUUAUAGAUAAUAUUAUUGGACAGUGAAUUGAAAGUCGAUCGAAGAGAACGAUAAUUCCGUUAAGCUUAAAAAUGCCCCGGCAUUUGAUCGGCGGCGUAUGUUCUAGGAAUAAAAAAAUUUUAUUAGACUACCUACAAUGUAAAGAAGACAGUAUGUAUAUAUAAAGGAAUGUAAGCGCUUCUUCGAACGACCGCGGCAGUAGAGAUUGUAAUAUGUUACACGCAAAAUUCAUAACAGUUCUAGUAUACUAGUUGAUAUACUAGAGAUCUGAACCGCCCAGGUGUAUCACGCGAAAGAACAACGAUCGUCAGAUAAAUUAAUAAGUCGAUUAAUCUUAUUAAUCCGAAGCAAGAAUAUUAAUUAAUUCGUGACUUUUAAAAUGAAUAAUUAUUCCAUAUCUCCUAAAUCGUCGAUCGUCGUUCUGCGGAUUCAGAUCUACGCUUGGUUUGGUAAAAAGGCACUUUUACUCUACCGAUCCGUCUCUCUCGAUGUGUAAAAAAUGUAUAAUUUACAGCCUCACAAUUUUUUUCUUUUAAUAUACUUUUAUGUAUGUAUAUACAUGUACACACGUAUAUAAAUACACGAUCGCGGAAAUAUCGAAAAUUGCAAA